AUGAACCCCUUCUAUUUCCAUGCAGUGAAUGUAAUUUUACACUGUCUAGUGACUCUUGUGCUGAUGUACACUUGUGACAAAGCUGUGUUCAAGGACUGUCGACUUGCUUUUGUCACGGCGCUGUUCUUUGCUGUGCAUCCCAUUCACACUGAGGCUGUAACAGGUAUAGUAGGCAGAGCGGAUGUCCUAGCCUGCCUACUCUUUCUGUUGGCUUUUCUCUCCUAUAAUAGGAGUGUGGAUCAGCUUUAUGUUGGGGAACAUUUCCCUCCCACUGCCUCCCCGUUCUUUUUGCUGCUUAGUUUGUUCCUUGGGACGUGUGCAAUGCUGGUGAAAGAAACUGGAGUCACUGUGUUUGGUGUGUGCUUGGUUUAUGACUUCUUUUCCCUCUCCUGCAAUGGACUCAAAUUGAGAAAUGGAGGCAUCCACCAGAGACCUGCCCGGCAGCUCGCGGCAUCUCCCUCUGCCUCCCUGCAGGUCCCUCCAGCCGGCCGGGAGAAUGGGAAACAUCGCUUUGCUCACCGGGGCACCUGGAGCUCCUGCCACCCAUCGUCACCCGAGGAGCAGCAGAGCAGUGGCCUUUCUGUGCCCAGCAAAGCCAUGUGGGCCAUUCAGAGUUACCUGACUGCAAAUAACAACCAGAAUUUCUUAUAUACUGCAAGGCCUUUUUUGAAGAGAGCUGCUUUGGUGAUAAGCUACGUGAUUCUGGUGUUGUAUUUCCGCCUCUGGAUAAUGGGAGGAUCCAUGCCGAUGUUUUCAGAGCAGGACAAUCCAGCUUCAUUCUCACCGUAUUUACUGACGAGGUUUCUAACUUAUUCCUACCUUCUGGCCUUCAAUGCGUGGCUUCUGCUGGCACCAAUCACCCUGUGCUACGACUGGCAGGUCGGCAGCAUCCCUUUGGUCGAGUCCAUCUGGGAUGCAAGGAACUUAGCCACAGUGUUCCUGGUGCUAAUGAUGACAUUACUCAGCCUGCACUGCAUAGCUGCAUUCAAG